UAAGAUAAAAAUUUUUUUGGUAUGAGACUUUUUGUGGCUGAGAGCGAUUCUCUGCGAUUCUUCAUCUCAUCCAGCAACAGAAAAACCAAAAUGUAAAACUUCUCUACCAGAACAAAUCUAUUUCUUUGCUCCUUUUCCAUGGAUACUUUGUCAAGUUCAGUUUCAACCCUUAAAGUUCCAACCCCAUAUCCAACUUCUCGUGAACUAUGUUUCUUCAAGUCAACUCCUCAGACACCCCAAUAUUCCCACCUUUCCCCACAAACCUACCUUUCCUCUACCACCAAAACCACCAACAAAACCAUAACUCUCACCCACAAGACCUUCACUCCCUCAUUCCUCUCCCACUCUCAACCCUCAUCUUUUACUCCAAAUUCUCCAACCCUUUACCGAGAACCAGCCAGUGGUUAUGCUGCCGCACUGGUAGACAUAGCUCAAUGCAACAAUUCCCUUAACACACUUGGAAAAGACGUCCAAAGGUUCUUGAAGAUUCUCAGAAAUGAGCAAGUUCAAGCAUUCUUGGAUGACCAGUUUAUGAGUGAGAAGGAUAAGGGACAAGUUAUUGGAGAAGUGGUCAAGAAGGGGAGAUUCAAUAGGCAUUUGGCGAGCUUGAUAAAGAUGUUGAUUCAGAAAAACAAGGUUGGAAUUGUGAAAGAGGUGUUGGAGGAAUUUGAGAGGAUUCAUGAUGAGUUGAGCGGGACACAAGUGGUAUUGGUCUCAUCAGCAACAAAGAUGGAAGAGGAUCAGUUGUUUGAGAUUGCUAGGAGGGUUCAAAAGCUUAGUGGGGCUACAAAGGUGAAGGUAAGGAAUUUGGUUCAUGAUAGCUUACCUUCCUUUGCCGUAUGAAUACAAUCAUAAACAAUGUAAGAUUGCAGACCUUGAACGAAAAGAAAGAGCUGCAAGUAUUAUUCACCCCACCUUGAAUACAAUCAUAUGCUGAAAUUCCAAGUGUGGAUGAAUAACAGAAUUUAAAUGUAAGUGGGAUGAAUAAUAUGGAUGAAUAACAGGAUGAGUACAAUCAUAUGCUGAAA